AUGCCGACCACCCCAUCCAUCCCCGUCCCUCAUGUUCACGGCAAGACCUCGAGGAAGCUCAAGGGGAGGAGUCUGCUGUAUAGUGUCUCGGCAUUCAUCAGUAUUGGGGUAUGGCUAUUCGGAUAUGAUCAAGGCGUUAUGUCAGGUCUGAUCACAGGACCAUACUUCAAAGCAUACUUCAAUCAGCCUAGCUCCGCAACGGUGGGAAAUAUGGUCGCCUCCCUAGAAAUAGGAGCUUUCAUUACCUCACUCUUGGCGGCGCAUUUUGCAGACACACGAGGUCGACGAAUGACGCUGAGGAUGGGCGCACUGAUCUUUACUGUUGGAGGCGCGUUCCAGACCUUCUGUGGAGGGUUGACGAGUAUGGUGAUUGGUCGAGUCAUCAGUGGAUUUGGCGUUGGCUUUCUGAGUAUGGUUGUGCCAAUAUAUCAGCGCGGUCUCCUCGGAUCCGUCGAGUUCACGGGCAACAUCGUCGGCUACUCCUCAUCCGUCUGGAUAGGCUACGCCUGCUCGUUCCUGAAGAACGACUUCUCAUGGCGCCUACCUCUAUUCAUACAGUGUAUCGGCGGCGCGAUCCUCUUCUUUGGAUCUUUCGUCACCCCCGAAUCACCGCGAUACCUUAUCGAUACGGACCAGGAGGUCGAGGGGCUAGGGGUCAUCGCGGACUUCCAGGGCAAGGAGCUGGAUGAUGAGAAGGUGGUGGAGGAGUACAAGGAGAUCAGGGAUGCUGUCCUGCUUGAUCGAGCGGUCGGCGAUAGGUCCUACAGAGCAUUGUGGAGGCGAUACCGCGGACGAGUAUUGAUCGCGAUGAGCAGUCAGAUGUUUGCUCAGCUCAAUGGGAUCAAUGUCAUUUCAUACUAUGCUCCUUUAGUCUUCGAGCAGGCAGGCUGGAUUGGUCGAGACGCUAUCCUCAUGACGGGUAUCAACUCCUUGUUCUAUAUGGCCUCUUCCUUGCCUCCGUGGAUCCUCAUGGACCGAGCCGGACGACGGCCUAUCCUGCUCACCGGAGCUGUAGCCAUGGCUAUCGCACUGACCUUGACUGGAUGGUGGAUUUACAUUGAUCAAGCUUAUACUCCCAAUGCUGUUGUCAUCUGCGUGAUCAUCUACAAUGCCGCAUUUGGGAUGAGCUGGGGACCUGUUCCCUGGCUCUACCCGCCUGAGAUCAUGCCUUUGCCGUUCCGAGCGAAGGGUGUUUCGCUGUCUACGGCUACAAACUGGCUCUUUAACUACUGGGUAGGAGUGUCCACACCGGUCUUCCAGGACCUCAUCGGCUGGCGGCUGUAUCCCAUGCACGCCUUCUUCUGCUCGCUAUCAUUCGUCACGGUCUACUUCUUGUACCCCGAGACAAAAGGCGUGCUUCUCGAAGACAUGGACCAGCUCUUCGGGGACGAGCCUAUCGAGGAUGACGAUGACGGAGACGAUGAUGGGGACGAAGCCGACGACUCCGGUUCGGAAAGCUCACUGCCGAUCGCGCGCAAGCCAUCGCCGUCGCCGGGCAGACGACGGGCCCCUUCGGGCAUCUUUGCGAGGUUGGGCGAUUCGUUAGCGGGUGUGUUUGGGCAGAAGCGGACAGGGGCUCGAGGGGAAUAUAAUGCGGUCGAUGGGGAGCAAUAG